AUGAUUGACAAAUUUUUAUCGUAUAAACUUGCCACUUCAAAAGGUGAGAAACCUUUCAUAGGUGAAGCACAAGCCAAAAUACUUGAUGCUAUACAUCUCCGUGAUACAUGUAAAGACAGGCGAUCAACAAUUGUCGCGGACGUCGGUGCUAAUCUAGGUGAAUUUGGACUGUAUGCUACGGCGUGCGGUUGCUCUGCGCAUAUUUUUGAACCAGAUAAAACCAUGAUCAAACUGAUGUCGAGUACAAUUACUAUGAAUAUAUUUCCAACAGAUGCUGUUCGUCUAUAUAACAAUGUUGUUAGUGAUUUACCAACGAACUCAACUGUCGACUUCACAUCUUCGAAUGCUGCGACAACAAAUUCAAAUAGCUACAAAGUUCAAUCUGUUCAGCUUGACGAUAUUUCAUGGCCAUCGUCAAUUUUUCUACUCAAAAUUGAUGCUGAUAGUUCUGAAUUGAAUGUACUUCGUUCUGGACAAAGACUCUUUCGUGAAAAACGCGUUCUCCAUUUAAUUCUGAAGUAUGAUUCAGUAAAAAAUGAUCAAUCCAAAAAAGAAACAUUAAUACUUUAUUUGCGUCAAACCAUGAAACCGAAACGCGUUUAUAUUUUUCAUCCGACAGAAGAAAAGUUAUAUGGACCAUUGAAAGCCAUUCAUUUCAACGACCUACCCAAGCGCAAAGAUGAAAAACGACGAGUAGUCGGUCUCUAUGCAUCCUUCGAGAAAAACGUAAAUAAAACUCCAAUCAAAGCAGAAAAAUAUGAUGCGGAUGCAUUUUUUGGUUAA